AUGAGCAUUUUAAUUAUUGUAUUAUUACUGACUCAUCGCUGUUGACUCUCUGCCAAUUGAGACAAACGUUAGAAAAUUUCAUAUUAAAAUUAUAAUUUGAAUCGGAUUGGGAUUUAAUUCUUGAUUUGUUGUAAACAUAGGACUGAGAGCAUAGUAGUUGUUUUAUUAUUAUAUUAUUGUUGUAGUAUUGACUAAGUAGAUAAUUUUAUAUUAAAAUUUUGUAAGAAUAAGGAUUGAAAUUGAUUAUUAAUUUAUUUAAUAUAUUAGGCUAAGAAUAUUUUAACCAACUGUUGACAUCUGCCUAUUGAGACUUAUCUAUUCUAUAUAGAGUAAGAUUAUUGAUCUUAUUUUAAUUUUAUUUUACUUUUAGUUUUUGACUUUGACAGGCUACUCCCCUAUUGGGAAACCUGAUAGCGUAGUAAUACCAUUGUAAUUGACUCUUAAUUUGUUUUUACUUUUACUUUUAUUUUUCUUUUUACGAUGUUCCACACUCCCCAGAGGCGAGUCAGUGACACUGUUACAAUCUCGCCACCGGUUAAAAACACUAACAAGGCAGCUCGUAAAAGCAUGGAAAAUAGUAGGUUGGCAGAAGGGAGAGCAUGCUUGCUUAAGGCAAAAACCCAUCUGCGUGAAUCCCGAAAUUUAAAGACUGAAAUUAGAGAUGGAGUUACUGCGGCAUUAGAAAGACUCUACCAAAUCAUUAAAGAAAUGGAGUCAGAACUCAUCACUGCGAAGGCUGGUAGUAGCGGAGGGCGAGGAAGGGACCCUAUACAUCCCCCCUCGCCACCCAAGGUAGGCUCAAACGUAGUUGACGAAGCAGUGGUGAGAAACUUAGAACAUAAUAAAAUACUUAUAGAGGAAGGAAUGAGAGACAGUAGGAAAGAGAUGAUAACAAGAAUGGAAGAGAUGAAAGAAAGCAUGCGGGAAAAUGAAAGCAAAAUGGAAAGAUUGAGCUCGCUAUUGGAGGGUAACAUGACUGUCGCCAAAACGGCGAGUUAUGCGGGCGUUGUCUCGAAGGGAGUCUCUGAGAAACUCCCCGAGACAAGAGCCCUGCAUUCAGUCAUGGUAUCAUGCAAAGACGAGAAAGAGACAGGUGAUGAAGUACUAGAAAAGAUCAGGAAGACAGUUGACGCAAAGGAUUGUUGGGUGAAGGUAGAAAGGGCAAGAAAGGUAAAAAAUAGAAAGGUUGUCGUCGGUUGUGCGAAUGAGGAGGAAAGGAAUAAGGUGAAGGAAAGACUGAGUAAGAAUGAGGGAUUAGUAGUGGAAGAGGUGAGGAAUAAGAGUCCCCUUCUAAUCUUCAAAGAUGUGAUGAAGUGCGACACAGUAGAUUUUACCACGGCGUUCCAAAAUCAGAAUGCACACAUCUUUGAGGGCUUGAAGGGGGAGGAGAGAAAGGUGGAAAUGGCAUAUAUGAAGAAAGCAAGGAAACACCUCCAGAACCACGUAGUGGCCAGGGUGAGUCCGCAAGUAUGGAAGAGAUGCAUGAAUGAAGGACACGCCCAUAUUGGUUUGGGCAGAGUGAGAGUGAUGGACCAAAGUCCGUUGGUCCAGUGCUCCCGCUGCCUGGAUUAUGGGCAUACGAGACGGGUUUGUAAGGAGGAAAAGGAUCGAUGCAGCCACUGCGCAGGUCCUCAUAUGAGGACUGAGUGCGACAAGUGGCUGCGAGAAGAAGCGCCUACGUGCAUUAACUGCACCAAGGUCGCGUACAGUUGCGUUGCGGAUACCGCGCGGUUAGCACGUCAAAGCUCGUGA